GUCCUCCAACACUCUCACAAAAAGCACUCUUUAACGUCUUCCCCACUCUCUCUGUCUCAACCUCCCUUUCUCUCGCGCUCUCUGGGGUCAGGCCAUUUCCGGCGUCGGCUUGAGCGAGAAGAAGGGCGUCAUGGUCGACGUGGACCGGAGAAUGACCGGUCUCAACCCGGCUCACAUAGCCGGCCUCCGCCGGCUCUCUGCCAGAGCGGCGGUUCCAUCCGGCCCCAGUACGCCUCAUCCGGUCCGAAACGGUCUUCUCUCCUACGCUUCUCUCGCCGAAAAAGUCAUCACCCACCUCCGCGACUCGGGCAUACAGGUUCAACUCGGCUUGUCCGACGCCGAGUUCGCUCGCGCAGAGGCCGAGUUCGGCUUUGCAUUCCCUCCCGACCUUCGAGCCGUUCUCUCCGCCGGCUUGCCCGUCGGUCCUGGGUUUCCCGAUUGGCGAGCCGCCGGCGCUCGCCUGCAUAUGCGGGCCUCUCUCGACCUUCCGAUCGCGGCGAUUUCGUUCCAAAUAGCUCGUAAUGCUCUCUGGUCCAAAUCGUGGGGUCCUAGACCCUCCGACCCGGAAAAGGCCUUGCGGAUCGCGAGAAAUGCUCUGAAACGAGCUCCCCUUUUGAUCCCUAUUUUCAGUCAUUGCUACAUUCCUUGUAACCCUUCGUUAGCCGGAAAUCCUAUUUUCUUCGUGGACGAGAAUCGCAUAUUUUGUUGCGGGUCGGAUCUAUCCAAUUUCUUCGAACGCGAGUCCCUGUUCCAGAGCUCCGACCCUCAGGUUCUCAAAAAGCAACGAUCCGUGAGCGAGAAAUUCGCCGGGUCGUCCUCGAACUUCUCCAGGAGAAGCUUAGAUGCCGGCGGCGCGUCCGGGGGGAGGACGCCGAGAUGGGUGGAGUUUUGGAGCGACGCCGCCGUGGACCGCCGGCGGAGGAACUCGUCCUCUUCGUCGUCGACGUCGACCUCAACAUCAACAUCAACCUCAACAUCGUCGUCGUCGCCGGAGAGGUUUUUCGACAUGCCCAGGUCUGAACUCCCGAAGUGGGUAGAGGAGUACAUCGAGCAGAUCGGGUCCGUUCUGAGGGAAGGCGGGUGGUCGGAAUCGGACGUCGCGGAGAUUGUCCACGUGUCAGCAUCCGGAUUCUUCGAGGGGGAGAUGGUUUUGCUGGACAACCAAGCGGUUCUGGAUGCUCUCCUGUUGAAGGCGGACCGGUUUUCGGACUCGCUCCGAAAAGCCGGGUGGAGCUCAGAAGAGGUGUCGGAUGCACUGGGGUUUGAUUUCCGACCGGAGAAGGAGCGGAAGCCGGUUAAGAAACUUUCGCCGGAGCUCGUGCAAAGAAUCGGAAAACUGGCUGAGUCGGUAUCCCGGUCCUAAAACCGGUAUCCACAAUAUUUUUCCUUUAUGUUUUUGCUUUUUUUUUUUUUCCUCUUCUGUUCCUUUGGGUAAAAAAAAAAAAAGAAGUAUUGGGGGCAACGCGUUGUACCGCAAAGAAAGAGUAUAAAAGGCAAAAUAGUUUUGAAAAGCAUGAUUUUUAUUGUAAUUAAUUUUUUGUUGUUAAAUAAAAUAAAUAAAUAAAUAAAUAGUUAAAUUAUAUUUAA